UAUGUUUGGUGUUAACUCUAUGGACACACUUUCAAGCUAGAAGAAAAGGAAUACAGGAACCCUCUUAUUAUCUUUUGAAAGAUGAAGAUCAGAGGAAAUGCUAGGUUUAAAGUGUGGAGUGAUGGUCCUAAAAGCCAGUCUAUAAAUUAGAUGGCAUCCUGUCUCUAAAAAAGAUUGAGGAGUAGAGCUGAUUUUCAGUCAUAUAGUGGAUUGUUAGUUUUGCCUUUAAAUCUGGUCAAGAAAGGAACAGACUGUGGGGCAAAGGACCCAGUACAAAUGUUUCCUCCAUGCAUGGAUUAAUGCAAGAUUUGGAAGCCAAAUUUGAAACAAUGGACAGCAAUAAAGAUGAUGGACUAUUGAAUGGGAUGUUAUUCUCUGGCGCUAUGUCCAUGGGUAAUAACCAUGUGAAUCCUCAUGGGUUACCACUCAGAGAGCCCUUUGGUGUUCCCUUCCAUUUUGAUCCAACUUACUGGGACCAAGCCUACCGUGGUUAUUCAGGUAGAUUUUCCUGCAUCCCUUUCUCUGGAUAUGUAGGAGUCUAUGACUAUUCUUUUGAGCCUGCCUUCAUUCGAAAGAGAAAUGAGAGAGAGAGGCAAAGAGUGCGUUGUGUGAAUGAGGGGUACACACGCCUCCGAGAACAUCUUCCCAAGGAGCUUGCUGACAAACGCCUCAGCAAAGUGGAGACCCUAAGAGCUGCAAUAAAUUACAUUAAACACCUUCAGAGUUUGCUGGACUGUCAGCCAUUAGGACCUACCACUAAGGAAACAAUAUCUGCUAAGGAAGCUACAGAUGCUUCCAGUCCUGAUCUAAGAAGGGAAUGCAACAGUGAUGGAGAGUCUAAAACCUCUUUAUCUUCAUCUCCAUACAGUGAGUUUGAGGAGACUUGCAUCUAGGAAACAUCAUUUUCAGAAACAGAUGCCUUCAAGACCAAUCAAAAACUCUAUUAUUGUAUCUAAAUCCACACAAUCGUUCUACAGGUCAAAAUGUAUCCUAGGAAAGAGAAAAGAGCCAGGGAAAAUAAAGGUAUCGUCAGUCUCUGAGAGGACCUUUUCACUGUUGUUGCAUGCACGUAGCCUAAAGGUGGUUCGUAAGGA